GUCAUCACACAGUAUCUCUCCCCUUUUUAAACCCUUGUCUAUCUCCCUUUUACCAAAUCCGCCAUUAUCACCAUAGAAGGAGAGAGAAAGAGAGAGAUUUUAAUACUCAGAGACCGAUCCCUCCUUCUGAUAUAAAAACCUUAGAUUCCUUCUCUAAAACCCACAUCGAAUCCCACUACUCAGAGAACGACAAUGCUCCAACCUCUCUCUUCCUCUGUUUUCUCGAGAAUCCUCGGGAGUAUCUUGGUUUAAGGAUCGUUGUUUUUUUUCUCAGAGAACAUCCAUUGUUUUUUUUUUCUCAUUGCUUGCUAUGGAACUGGGUAAAUCUCGAUUGUACUUCUGCAAUUGCUUUUCUCCCUCUAGAUUCUCCGAUUAUUCUUUAGCUGGAAGCGAUUAUCCAGACGCCAUAGCCAUGAAUUUCGAUUGUAUUCCAAAACCUUCAUCUGUUUCUUGUAUCAUAGCUGACGAUUUCUCGUAUUUUUCUCUUUACCUUUCGAUUCGAUGCUUAUAAACUCCAAUCUCUUCUCGAAUCUUCAAAACGAAUUUAAAACUCCCCCAAAAUCUCUGUUUCUUUCUUCUCUCCCCCCUCAUCGAAAACAAUGUUGUGUGCAUCAUCUUCGUUUGCUCUUUUGGGCCCUGCAUCAGCUGCUAUGACCAUGGCUUCUUCGCCAGUUUCCAGAUUUGUUGGAUUCGGUGAUCGUACUACUCUCAGGUAUGAUCAUGAUCAACGUCGUCGUUGUUCUUGGACUGGGAUUGAAAAGAAGAUGAAUCCAGCUCCUCGGAUUAGAACUGCCUCAGCUUCUGCUUACCCUCUCUUUCUCAAUCAGCUUAAUAAAGCCUCACCAAGACCCAGAACUUACAAAGAGGUCACUAAGCCAGCUCGCAAAAUGUUUGCUCGAGAGAUCUCUACCCAAUCGAAAGACAGUGAAAUUUCGAUUGCAAAGGUUCUGUUGUAUAUUGCUGCUGAAGAUGAAGCCUUCUUGGCUUUUAACCGAAAGAUGGAUGCUAAGUCUCUCGUGAGAGAGAAGGAAAAUGUCCAAGAUAAAUCUGCUCCGAGCAAGACGGAUUCUGAGGAGCGGGAAAGUGUUCAAUCUGAUCAGAGUGAGACAGAUUCUGAGGAGCUAUUGCAGUUAGAUGGAAAGAGUAUACCCGAGUGGCUAAGUGAACUAGAUGCAAUUUCCAAAGAAGUAGAGGCAGAGUUAGUCUCACGGCGCAUGAGCUGCGACUCGGACCCGGUUCAAGUUCUUGAAGCUGUUAAUGCAGUGCUUUUCGAUUUGAGAGGCUUCAAGAGGACAUCUAUUGCUUUAGACCCUAAGGAUUCCUACCUUCACUCUGUUCUUAACUGUAGAUGCGGCACUGCGUUUUUGUUUAGCGUUAUAUACAUUGAAGUCUGUCAGCGCCUUGGUGUGCCUAUUGUGGGAGCUCGAGUUGGGGAAGAGUUCUUGAUUUGGCCUAAAACGGAGAAUCCUGAAGAACUCUUUAAAACGACUUCAGGACAGAGCUUGUUUGGUAUGGUCAAUGGAAGGUGCGUUGAUGAUCCAAGAUCAAUGGCAUCUGAUUUAACAGGAAAGUCUCUUCUUGACCUCGAUAUUGCAACAAACAGAGACAUUAUAGGGAUUGCUCUCGCCAACUUGAUUAGGGUUCACUGGAGACGUGCUUCGAAACCAUCCCCUGGACUAAUGCUGACUUCACCUCUUAGUCAACUUAACAACAUCAACAUCUCUAGUUUUCCAGUGUUGCGGCCUCAAGAUCUUAGGUUGGCUAUUGCGGCUGCAGAAAGGCUGUUGAUUUUGGAACCUCAUAACUUGCGACUUCGCAGAGACCUUGGUAUGAUGCUCUACUACAGCAGGCAAUACACAGACGCGAUUCAAGAGCUGAGCAUAUAUAUAGCCUUUGCAUUUGAUGAAGAAGAAGCAAACGUGUUAAAGCUUUUCGUAGCGAAACUUCAUCUCCUUCGUCUCAUCUCUUCGUUGAAGUCUCCUCUUGGCUCUGAUCGCUUGACCGUUCCUUGACUUCUCUCUCUUUCUCUACUCCAUUUGUAAAUAAUCUCACUCUUUCACUGUGUCUGUGUCUGUGUCGUGUUCGAAAAACCCUUUGUGGGAGACAACGAACUUUUGUUGUAACUCGUACUUUCUUCUGAUCAGAGUAAUAAUUGUUAUCUCCAUGAAUCGACUACUUUUUAUAUGCUUCUCAGGGUUUAUCAUGAUGAUCCGCUUGGGCCUUAACAGCUCAGCUUACUAUUAUGACAGGUGUACA